GUCUCGUCGUUGCUUGAUGUUUCUAGUGUCCACGUCACGUCGUCAGGCCAUAUUCGUCUCAAGUGGUUGUGUUGAGAGUCAAGCAACCAACCAUCCCGGCAGGCAAGAUGCACCUGCAGCCAGGGAUAUAUUGACUUUAUCCAAGCGUGCGGUCAAGGUGGGGAGGUAUGGUAGGCGGGCGGAAUGAAGGGUUUCGAUUCCAGAUCAACAUUGUGCCCUUCUCGGCUCAUUUUUCUUUUGGUCUCGUCAUCUCG